AUGGAGCCGGGCAAGGAGCCCCGAGUGACCACGGGGGAGAAGCCCAGCGAACCCGAGCCGGCGGUUUCCUUCCAGGCCCGGCUGUGGAAGAACCUGCAGCUGGGGGGCAAGGGCCGGAGCGGCGGCGGGCGGGCAGCAGCCGAGCGCCGCACUGCGGAGCCCCUCGCCCCGCCGCCGCCGGCCAGCAGCAAGGUGGACCUCCAGCCCGGUGGCAAGUGGAGCGGCUUCAAGCGACGGCGGCAAGUGCUAGACCGCGUCUUUUCGUCCUCCCAGCCCAACCUAUGCUGCUCAGCUGCCGAGCCGCUGGAGCCGGCCGGCGAGUCCGGCUCCGCCCUGCGCCGCCUGCGGGAGCACCUGCUUCCCCAAGGCAAGGGGCCGCCGCCCGGCCGCCGCCCGGAGCCCGCCGCCGGCUGUGAGGGGCCGGCGGGUGGCAGGGAGGGGCGCCGGCCCGGGGCGCACCUGUCCCACCAGAAGAGCUCCUCGCUGCCCAGUACCGCCUGCCUGGAGCAGCUGCUGCAGGGCUCGCCCGCCCCCGGCAGGAUCCAGGACCAGCGGACGGAGGACGGCGACAGCAGCGCGAGAACAAAUUCAUUUGGAACUAGUAAUGCAGAUUUCCCCCCUGGGGACCCUGGAAUGUACCAGUUGGAUGUUACUCUAAGAAGAGGACAGAAUCUAGCUGCGCGGGAUCGUGGAGGAACAAGUGAUCCAUAUGUCAAGUUCAAACUUGGAGGAAAAGAAGUAUUUAGAAGUAAAACAGUACACAAGAACCUCAAUCCUGUGUGGGAAGAAAAGACUUGCAUUCUUAUAGAUAACCUAAGAGAACCGUUGUAUAUAAAGGUAUUUGAUUAUGACUUUGGACUUCAAGAUGACUUCAUUGGUUCGGCAUUUUUGGAUCUCACAUCAUUGGAAUUAAACAGGCAAACAGAUGUUAACUUGAGUCUGAAGGAUCCUCAUUACCCUGACCAUGAUCUGGGAAGUAUAUUCCUGUCAGUUCUGUUGGCUCCAGGGGACCAGCGAGAAGCGUUUCAGACCCAGAGCUUACGUCUCUCAGACCUGCACAGAAAGUCUCAGUUAUGGAGAGGGAUAGUUAGUGUUACCUUAAUAGAAGGUCGUGAACUUAAGGCGAUGGAUGCAAAUGGGCUCAGCGAUCCUUACGUGAAGUUUCGUCUGGGGCAUCAGAAGUACAAGAGCAAGAUUGUUCCAAAAACUUUGAAUCCUCAGUGGAGGGAGCAGUUUGACUUUCAUCUCUAUGAAGAACGAGGUGGAAUUAUUGAUAUUACCGUGUGGGACAAAGAUGUUGGCAAAAAGGAUGAUUUCAUUGGCAGGUGCCAGAUUGACCUGUCGACCCUGAGUAAAGAACAAACCCACAAGUUGGAGAUGCCACUAGAGGAGGGAGAGGGAUACCUGGUGUUGCUGGUCACUCUCACAGCCUCAGCUGCAGUCACUAUCUCUGACCUCUCCAUCAACUCCCUGGAGGACCAGAAGGAGCGAGAGGAGAUUCUGAAGAGAUAUAGUCCAAUGAUGAUGUUCCAUAACAUCAGCGAUGUGGGAUUUCUUCAGGUGAAGGUCAUCAGGGCAGAAGCAUUGAUGGCAGCUGAUGUCACAGGUAAAAGUGACCCAUUUUGUGUAGUUGAAUUGAACAAUGACAGACUGCUGACACAUACUGUCUACAGGAACCUCAAUCCAGAAUGGAACAAAAUCUUCACAUUCAAUAUAAAGGACAUCCACUCAGUGCUUGAAGUGACAGUUUACGACGAAGACCGCGAUCGAAGUGCUGACUUUCUAGGCAAAGUUGCUAUACCAUUGCUGUCUAUUCAAAAUGGUGAACAGAAAGCCUACGUCUUGAAAAACAAGCAGCUGACAGGGCCAACAAAGGGGGUCAUCUAUCUUGAAAUAGAUGUGAUUUUUAAUGCUGUGAAAGCCAGCAUACGAACCUUAAUGCCCAAAGAACAGAAGUACAUUGAAGAGGAAGACAGACUGUCUAAACAGCUACUCUUAAGGAACUUCAUCCGGAUGAAGCAUUGUAUCAUGGCGCUCGUUAAUGCUGUAUGCUAUAUUAGCAGUUGUUUUGACUGGGAUUCUCCACCAAGAAGUCUAGCUGCUUUUUUGCUUUUUCUUUUUGUGGUCUGGAACUUUGAGCUCUACAUGAUACCACUGGCUUUGUUGCUGCUGCUGGCAUGGAACUACUUCUUGAUCGUAUCAGGAAAAGAUAACAGGCAACAUGAUACAGUAGUGGAGGACAUGCUAGAGGACGAGGAAGAAGAGGAUGACAGAGAUGACAAGGACAGUGAAAAGAAAGGAUUUAUGAAUAGACUUUAUGCCAUCCAGGAGGUGUGUGUCACUGUCCAGAAUAUCCUAGAUGAAAUUGCUUCCUUUGGUGAGAGGAUCAAGAAUACAUUCAACUGGACUGUCCCAUUCCUGAGCUGGCUGGCAAUUGUUGCCCUGUCUGUGUUCACCAUCAUCCUGUAUUUCAUUCCACUGAGAUACAUUGUCCUUGUCUGGGGCAUCAAUAAAUUUACAAAGAAGAUUCGAAAUCCAUAUGCAAUUGAUAACAACGAGCUACUUGACUUUCUGUCUAGAGUUCCUUCCGAUGUGCAAGUGAUGCAAUACCAUGAACUGAAACAAGAUCCUACUCACAGCCCAAGCAAGAGAAAGAAAAAUAAUCCUGCCUAGCCAACUUCAUGUGUUGAGGAGACCAGCAUCUGCCAAGAGUAGAUAAAAGAGCAAGCCUAAGAAGCAUUUCCUUUCUCCAAGAUUUUUGUUUAUCUUGCCUUUUUAUCUACUGGGGAGAUUUUGUAACAGUAUUAAAAGGUGGAAAAUGGUUUCUCAUGGCAAAUAUGUUUCUCAUUGUAAAGACAUUUGUUUCAAGUAGGGUUUUAGUCUUUUAAAGCCUUGUUAGAAACAAUGUAACAACUUAAAUGAGUCCAUCUAAAAUGGAGAAUAUAUAUUGCUACUUGGUGGUCAAAGAUACAUGAGAUAGUCAAAUCAUGCUAACUAAACCUACAAAACGUCUAAAUCUGACUCAGAAAUUUCUCGUAUUUUAUUUGUGAGCAUUAAUAUUUUUAUCCAGUAAGUCAUCAUUACAAUUUUAUAUGUUUUAUAUAUUGCAAGAGAAAUACAAUGUAGUGGAGCCUACUGCACUUAGGUUUUAGCAGAUUUUUUUAAAUUUCAGACCCUGAUGUUAACUCCUGGUACAACAUUUUUCUAUGUGGUAGGGCUGCUUAUAAGACAGUGAGAAACACGGAAUGCAAAUCUCUUUCUGGAGCUCCCAAAAGCAGUUCCUGCUGUCUUUAUCAUUCCAUUGUAAGACCUAAAAAUCUCUGCUUCAAAAUACUGCCAGGUUUGUAACUGAUUGCCUGUCAUAUUUUUCUACAUGUACCAGUAGUCUUCAUUUGUACUACAAAGCUUAGCUCUAAUGGGUAAAACUAACUCCAUACUGCUUUGGGUGUCAUGCUAUGAACACUUUUUGUGCACAUAACUAUUUUAAUAUGGAUAUCUUGCAGGAAAGGUUUUCAUUCAAAUCACAAGAUCAUAUUAAUAUGCUUUAUGGUAUAACGUUGCCUGUUACCAAUGUGAAAUACCGUGUAGAGAAAAAAAAUGCAGUUGGGAUAAAACUGAUAUACCAGGGUUUUUACUUUAGUUAAUAAUGUCAGUUCUUCUGAUAAAAUCUUUCCCUACUGCAUGGAAACUGCAUUAUAUUAUAAAUAACAUGGAACAUAGAUGAGAAACAUUUACAUUUCAAAUGUCUUAGUGGCCACUGCAUAACGAGUACUUGGGGAUAUAUUCUGGUAGCUGCAUGCAGACUUCCACACUCAGCUCCCCACAUAGUGAGCAGAGACUCAUUCCUGAGGGACUACCUGUGCACAGUUCCUCAUUAUUAGUUCCCAGUGACAUUAAAGGGGAUUUUUUUGCCCAGGGGAGAAUGACAGGACUGCAUCCUCAAGGGGGUCUGUGGUCCUCUCUGGAUUACCUCUCACUGGUUGCAAUUGCAGAUAAAGUUAUAUUGCACUACUCUAAAAAUACUUUUUGAAAAGUCUAUUUAGAAAUACUUUGCAAACACAUGUGAAUAUGUAUUCGUCCAAAGAAAUACGUGUUGGUUGCACUGCUCAUGAAGGAUCAUCCUGGAUUUCUUUGUUUUGCAGAGAAGAUGAUAGCCAAGUUCUUAUGUGACAGUUACUUUGAUCCUUCUGUUUGUGUAUUUAAAAGAAUGCUAGUCAAAUGAAUGGUCUGUAGAAAGCCAUGGACUUAAACAAGCUUUCGUUACAUCAUGACUUUGAAAGAGUUAAACUUUGCAGCUUGUGUAACCUUUUGGCUGUAUCCUACCUGAAGAGCAACAUACUAUUGGUAAAAUCAGAAACGCUGGUCAGCCUAUUUUGUUUUAAAAAAAACAAAUUUGUGACUCAACAAGGUGUGAAUGUUUGUUGCCUGUUGUCAGUUUUGCACAUUUCUUUAAUACACUGCAAGCCUUGUAUCUUCUUAA